AUGGCCCUCGUAAAAGGACUUGACGAAGCCAGAAACAAACCUCAGGCUUCAAAAGGUCAAUCAAGAUUAAUCCAGAAGUACGGUUCCGACCUGCCCCUGAGCUGCUGUACCAAUAAGCUGGACUAUUUAGCCGUCGAGUCGGUGAACGAAAGGAUAACUAAGGCAGCAAACAGAAUGACUGCCAUUAAAAGCCUGCAAAAUGAAGGGAUUUUCAAGGCUGAACACUUGGAUCGGGAAUGGCUAAACUCAAUUGAUGAAGUUGCCAAACAGCCUGAAUCCAUACUCGAAAAACCUUUGCCUCAUUAUUUGCUGUCCGAUAAUCCAACAUAUUUCGGGGUGCCGCAGAGAAAGUCCAAAUUUGCGGAAUGGGGUCAAAGACAAAACCCGGGCAGCGGCUCAAAGCUGACGGAGCAAAAUGACUUGCCUUCAGAUACAGACAAUCUGCUUACCUCUCACUCAAGCAUCCCAAGGGAUUUGAAAGUUCCACCUGACCUCGCCGACAUUUUAACUAGUCACGACGAUGAACCAACAAGUCCGACCAACGGAAGACCUGAGGCAGGACGCCAGAAGGAGGAGGAACAUGGUCAGCUUUUGCCUGGGCCUCUUCGAUGUCUAGUGGAGCCACGAAGUAAUCCACUAUUUGACUGGAGUGACGCCCCUUCACUCUCGCCAUCUCCGUCUCCUUCUCCAUCCCCGACACCUCCACCGACUUUCAUGUCGAGCAAGACCAACGAGACUGGCAACACAACAACAAGCAUGUUCGAUGACCUCGAAGAGGAGGUGGUAGACAUCGAAGGUCUGAUGGAAGAGAGGUUGGACUGCGGUAAGUAA